AAAUCGUUGUCGCGUGAGGGUCCAUCGUGUUUUUGCUCUGUGAACUAACGCAGCACAAAAACACACCCCGAAUUCGAGAACAAUGGUCGGAUCGUGCAAAUAAAGCUGUUGUAGCAGUGGUAUAGUCAGUCGCGCCAUCGUAUCACGAGGAAAAGUGUAUUUCCAAAACCGUGCUCCCUUCUGUGUAGUUUAGUAGGAUGUCGGUCUGCUGACAAAAUACGAUCAUCCAAGUGUGCCGUUUUCCAUUUGCUGCCUCAGAAUUUUCCUUGGCGUGCUCGUUGUGCUGUUUAGUUUGAGCCAAAUUAAAAGCAACCUCAAAGAAGUGUUGCCUUUGGUGUGUUUUUUUUCUGUGUGCUAAUACAGCUCUUGUCGGCGCAGAACAGUGUCCCUGGGAAGCAAACGGAAAACCAACGUAAACAAAGGAUUAUCCAUUAUUCAAUUAUCCGAACAUCUUCCACUGAACUCAGGGCUACCCAAACCAGAUCCAUUUCCCACCUUCAGAACAAUACACAACAAAGGUACGAUGCAGCGUUGGUGGUUUUUGGAAGAAAAUGGCGAUGCAAAGGACCCGUCUACAUCCGCGUCCCAGAAGACAGAAACGUCCGCGAAAAAACUAAAGCAACCAACGCCGGCUGGUGAUCGUCGGUACACGUUCCGUGUGCUGGUAACGUACGAUUUGCUGAAAGAUGAAACCAUUGCCAUAACGGGCAGUUGCGAAUCCUUGGGAAACUGGGAACCGGAACAAUGCGUACAACUGCGUCCAGAAAACGAUGGUGAUAGAAAUAUCUGGCGCCUCGCGACGGAACUACCACGUGAUGUUUCUGUGAAAUAUCGCUAUUUAAUCUGCUCGGUCGAUCCAACCAGUGAGAAUGUGCAUGUACGACGCUUUGAAACUCACAUCGUGCCCCGACAGGUCCCGCUCGAUCUGGCUGACGAAGAAGUACAAACCACCCAAGUACAACCAAAGAUCGACACACUCGGUGAUAUCGACGGAAAUAUCAAGCUGGAUAAGGGUUGGCUCACUACCGAAACCAUCAUGCAGUUCAAGUUCUUCGAUAAUCCGUUCUCGGUGAAGGAACGCAUCAAGAACCGGUUGCUGUAUGUGAAGAUAACAACGAUGAAUCUACGCAUUAAUGCGGAAUCCCAAAAUCUUUCCUCGAUGCUGGAAGAAUCGCUUUCGAACGAUACCCGUGAGAAUGGUGCGGAAUCGGCAACCACCUACUCCUUCACGGAGGUGACCUCGCUUCGCAACCCGAAUGUUUGCUAUGAGCAACAGUCACAGUUUGGCUGUCCGUAUCAUAAGGAUGAUUUUCUUAUCUACAAUGUAACGGUAGCAGAGCCUGAGAACGUGGCCUAUCUCGUCGAUCUGUACACAUACAGUUCCAAAUCAAAGGAAGACGAACCACCGUACCAUCUGGGUUAUCAUUACAUUCUGCCGAAUUUCCUGAAAAAAUCCGAGGGCGUGCUAGAGUUGCCGGUUACGUGUGCUAGCAAACAUCGGCCACUCGGCAUGAUGCGGAUCGAGUACCUGAAAGUAACGCCACUUUUGCCCACGCAAUGCACGCUAGAGCGAUCGUACAUUCGGUACUGGAAUAAACGUUGGACCGGGCUGGACGUGGGCCAUCGUGGAUCUGGCACCAGCUUCAAGGCGAGCGAUGGCAAUGUGAUCCGUGAAAACACAAUCGCUUCGCUAAAGAAGGCGGUCGCGCACGGUGCCGAUAUGGUGGAGUUUGAUGUGCAACUGAGCAAGGAUCUGGUUCCGGUGAUCUAUCACGAUUUCGAUAUUUAUGUAUCGCUCAAGCGCAAAACCACGCUCGAAACGAACGAUAUGUUGGAGCUUCCGAUGCGUGAACUGACACUAGAACAACUCCGGAACCUAAAGGUCUAUCACGUGGUGGAAGGUAGAAACCGUGAAGCCAAAUUCUUCGACGAAGAUUUAGAAGAGCACCAACCGUUCCCCCAGUUAGCCGAAGCCCUCGAUCAGAUAGAUCCACACUGUGGCUUUAACAUCGAAGUGAAAUGGUCACAGAAGCUCAAGGAUGGACGAAUGGAAUCGGAGCUGACAUUCGAUACGAACCUGUACGUCGAUUGCAUCUUGCGCGUGGUGCUAGCGAAAGCCAGCAACCGGCGGAUUGUGUUCUCGUGCUUCGAUGCCGACAUCUGCACGAUGCUGCGUCUCAAGCAGAACCUCUAUCCGGUAAUGUUUCUAACGCUCGGAGUCACCAGUCGAUACCCGAGCUAUCAUGAUCCACGCUGCAACUCGAUCGAGACGGCCGUGCGCAAUGCAUAUGCAACCGAAUUGUUGGGUAUCGUUGCUCAUACAGAGGAUCUGUUGCGCGAUCAAACACAGGUGAAUCUGGCGACCGAGAAAGGGUUGAUCAUUUUUUGCUGGGGCGAUGAUAAUAAUUGUAAGGAUACAAUCAAGCAUUUAAAGAGCCUCGGUAUCCAUGCAAUCAUCUACGAUAAGAUGGACAUUUACUCGGACAAGGCGGUUAAGGAGAGUGUAUUUUUAGUUGGAGCCCGUGAAUCGCAAGCAGCACUUCUGCAGCAGAUUAACAUAGAGAACCGUUACGAGCAGACGAAUCAGCACGACUUUUUAAACGAUAAGGACGUUCGGCUCAGCCUGGACAAGCCGGCCUCCUCAACACCAUCGAUUUGAGUUCAAAAGUUACGGCUGUUUAUUACCAGUGCAAAAUGAAUAAUGGAUGUGAGUGAGAUUCUGAGAGUGGAAAUGGUUAACUUUGUCUUGGGAAGAUUAAUUUGUUUUGAAUUCGUAUUAACAUCUACACUACUGAAAAGGUUCGGAGCCAUUUGAAAAUCAUACGGAUUGUGUUAACAAAGAGGGGUUCGUGAAGGUAUGAGGUGAUUUAGUCGAAUUUAUUUACAAACCAAAUGAAAGAGUAACCUCAACGCUCUUUUCGGGCGUACAUUUGAAGAUGAGAUUGAGAUUAUUUUUAUUUUUUUUGUUUUUCUUAUAAAUCACAGCGCUUAACAAACGAUGUGCAUUGAAUGCGGGUUCAAAGUAGGAAAAGGAAUUUAAUAUAUUUUAAUUUACAAAAGCACUCGUUUUAUAUUCAUAUGCACUCUUCAGCAGGUUACAAACGGCAAGCAAUCCAUUUUCUUAACGCAAUAGUGCUUUACAUGCCACCAAAUGCCUAAAGUAUCAGAAGCAAAAUUUAGCCAAUUUACUAUUUGUCUAGGUAUAGAUAAGUGUUGAAUUUUAAUUGCAAGGAUUCCUUUCACCGGUGGGGUUAUACUGUUAGUAAUAAUUUAUGGAAAUAAGUGUGGUAAGGUUGCUAACGUAGGCUAAUUUUCUUAAUUUGUAAUAGCAUAAGUUUCGUGUUUCUGAAACUCUUCUAUCUUACCCAAUGAGGCUUCAAUUAAAUGCUUAGAACUUAAGCUGUCUGGCAAAUUUAUUUUUGUUUGUUUAUUCUUUAGUACGUACGUUCCA